GAUAAAGCAGCCGCCGAAAAGGCAGCCGCCGAAAAGGCAGCCGCCGAGAAGGCAGCCGCCGAGAAGGCCGCUGCUGAGAAGGCGGCCGCUGACAAGGCUGCCGCUGAGAAGGCUGCUGCCGCAAAGGCUGCUGCUGCGAAGGCUGCCGCUGAGAAGGCCGCUGCAGAGAAGGCAGCAGCAGAUAAAGCUGCGGCUGAGAAAGUCAAGAAGGCUGCAGCACAGAAGGCGGCUGCAGAAAAGGCGGCUGCGGAGAAGGCAGCCGCAGACAAGGCAGCUGCAGAAAAGAUAGCUGCAGACAAAGCCGCGGCCGAGCAAGCUUUAGCCGAAAAGGUUGCAGCUGAGAAAGCCCUGGCAGAGAUGAAGGCAG